AUGGCCCCUUCAUACGACCAAACCUACUCCGUCCUCCUCGACAGAAACAUCUACGACCCGGAAAACCUCUGCGAAGGAAUCGAUCUCAGGCGCCAUCAUGCUGCCGACCUUGAGGAUGUUGGUGCAUUCAGGUGUCAAGAAGACUGGCGCCGCUUAGUUGGACCUCUCGAGAGGCCAUUCAGAGGUGGCCUUGGCCCGCAGUUCAGCUUCAUCACUGUUGCUAUGCCCAACUGCAUUCCCGAGCGAAUGGAGAUUACCAGUUAUGCUCUCGAGUUUGGCUUCAUCCACAACGAUGUCAUAGACGAGGAGAUCGAGGAUGCCAACUUGAGCGACAUGGAGGAGAGCUUGGAGCAGGGAGCCAAGAUUGUCGGCAUCGACGAGCGAGUUGCCUCUGGCAAGCGUAUCAUCGCUGCUCAGAUCGUGCGCGAGAUGAUGGCAAUUGACCCUGAGAGGGCUGUGGUCGUCGCCAAGAGCUGGUCUGCUGGAAUUAAACACUCUGCCAGGCGAGAGGAAUUGACCAACUUCCAGACUGUUGAUGAGUACAUCUCCUACAGAAGUCACGAUGCCAGAUACAUGCUCUGGUAUGGCCUGGUCACCUUCGGAUGCGCCAUCACCAUCCCCCCUGAGGAGCAGGCACUGUGCACCGAGUUUCUCGUCCCGGCCCUGUCUGCUGCUUCGCUCGUCAACGAUCUGUUCUCCUUCGAGAAGAAGAAUAAUGAUACCAACAUCCAAAAUGCAGUCUACAUUAUCAUGAAGGAGCAUGGAUGUGACGAAGCAGAAGGCAGAGAGCUUCUCAAGGCGCGUAUCCGACAAGAGAUGGCCAAAUUUGCCCAAAUCGUCAAGGACACCAAGACGCGAUCUGACCUCUCGGACGAUACCAAGCGAUACAUCGACGCCAUGCAGUACAUCCUUUCCGGUGAUGUUGUUUGGAGUGCUCAGUGCCCACGAUACAACCUGAAGGCUAGGUGGAAUGAGCUCCAGAUGCUGCGAGCGAAGUAUGGUGUAGCCAAGUACCCAACAACUUUCCCACCAGCCGAUGGCUCCAUGGACCACCUCUGGAAGAAGGGUUCAACACAGGGCGAGAAAAGGGGCGAAAAGAGGAAAAGGCAUAGCUUGAAUGGAACUAACGGAAUGAACGGCACCAAUUGUGUCAAGAAGCCCACUAUCUCGAGAGUUGGCGUGGAUUCACUCCAACUGAACGAGUUAGUGUCGCUAGCUCUUAGCACCGACCUCCCUAACUUGACCGCUGAUGUCAUUCUUCAACCCUAUGCCUAUAUCACCUCCAUGCCCUCAAAUGGAUUCCGUGACCGAACCAUUGACUCCAUCAACAAAUGGCUCAAAACCCCUGCCAAAGCCACUCAAAAGAUUAAGGAGAUCAUCAACAUGCUUCACACUGCAUCCCUCAUGCUUGACGAUCUCGAGGACAACUCCCCCUUCCGCCGCGGCAAGCCCUCAACUCACAACGUCUAUGGCGCCUCGCAAACCAUCAACAGCACAACCUACCAAAUCACACAUGCCAUCGCUCUCGCCGGCGGCCUCAGCAACCCAGAGUGCCUCCGCAUCUUCAAUGAGGAAAUCAACGAGCUCUACAUCGGCCAGAGCUACGAACUCUACUGGACCCACAACAUCAUCUGCCCAACCUUCGGCGAGUACCUCAGGAUGGUCGACAUGAAGACCGGCGGCCUCUUCCGCAUGCUAAACCGCCUCAUGACUGCCGAGUCACCGCUCAACGGCCAAAUAUCCGACUCUGAGCUCAACCCCCUCGGCUGCCUCAUCGGCAGCUUCUUCCAGAUCCGCAACGACUACCAGAACCUCAUGUCUGCGGAGUACGCGCAGCAAAAGGGCUUCGCCGAGGACCUUGACGAGGGUAAGUACUCCUUCACACUUGUUCACUGCAUCCGCGCCCUUGAGGCCGAUCCCUCGCUCGCCGGUGAGCAGAUGCAGCUCCAGUCGCUGCUGAUGAAGAGGCGCAUCGAGGGUAAGCUUACGAAGGAGGCUAAGCGUGAGAUCCUCGAUACCAUGAAGAAGACACAGAGUCUGGAGUACACCCUUGAGGUGCUCCGUGAGCUUCACACUAAGCUUGACAAUGAGGUUGGUCGUUUGGAGAAGAAGUUUGGCGACGAUAACUUUGCGUUGAGACUUAUGAUGGAGAUGCUCAGAGUGUAA